AUGGAGGUGUCCAAUAUCCACCCGCCUGUCUCCUUCACUCACCCCUCAGACCCGAACUACAACGUGGACAUGGACAUCGAAAUGGACAUAGACCUCGGCGGCGACGCAGAGAUAGCAGCGCUUGAAGCCGAGGCCAUGCGAAUCGAAGGACAGAAUACUUCGGUCUUGGUAGCCGCGCCCUCCGCCGACGGAGCAGCCACAGACAUCCAUGCAGCACCCGAGAGAGUCCACAUCCGAGGCGUCGACAAUUUGACGACAGCCGACAUCAAGUUCUUCGCCUCAGAGCUAUACCCCUCAGACCUCUUCGUGCGGGUAGAAUGGAUCGACGACACCUCAGCCAACAUCGUGUACCAGACAGCCGAAGCAGCAACCGCAGCAUUGGCCGCGUUCUCGGACUUCUAUCAAGUCGUUGAUCCCGCCCUCGUCCCACUGUCAGAGCUCAGGAAGGCGAAGAGGCUCGCGACGCAUCCUGAUGCCGAUCUCCACGUCAGACAAGCAUUCAGCACAGAUGUCAAGAAGAAGGGCGCGCGGGAAGCAAGCCGAUUCUAUUUGAUGAACCCGGACAAGGACCCGAGCGAGCGGAGGAAGCGAUUUGACUCACGGAGAGGUCGCGGUGGAAGACGGGCUUCUGACGAGAACGGGGAUUACCGGCGAAGGCGUUUCGACGAUCGAGAACACAGGCGCAGGCGCGAUGGAGAGCAAGAGACGGCCUUCGAUGUCAGCAUGUAUGACGACGACGCAGGAGCUGCGCCUACCCGUCCAGCAGCGCGCAGUCGGCAAGAAUCCCACUCCGGAUACUCUUCGUCUGGCGAGGGCCCGGGAGGGAGGCGAACAGGGGGUAGAGGCAGAGACGACGGAGAUCUUUUUGCAAACAGAGCGGCGAAGAAGCCCGAUGAGACCUACGGACGGCUGCGCGACAGGAGCGCAUCACCAGCUGGAGAUGGAGACGGACGUCUAGGCUUUGUGGGCGACGAGACAGCAGCGCGGAGAAGGCUGCGGCGCAGGAGUUCGACUCCACCUCCCGCCUACCGAAAGCGCGACCCGAAUCCGCAUCCUUCGGGGAACGUGGGGAAAGAGCUGUUCCCAGCAAAGGAGCCAGUCAUGAUCCUCAGCUCGCCGCCCGCGAACAGCGUGAAAGAACUGUUCCCGAGGAAGUCAUCGCCGGCGAAACGAUCGAGAGAGCUCUUCCCGCACAAGACGGCUGUCAGCAACCAUCGCCGAACGGACGCGCUGGAUGCCGGCGAGUCGGCUGACCUUGUCGCCAACGGAACUCAGGAAUGUAAGCAACGAGAUCUCUUCGACCGAAUUAACAGCGGAGGUUCCUCCUUUGGUAGAUUGCACGACAGGCCAACAGCGCCGACGGCCGGAGGAGAUGAGACUGAAGGCUUCAGUAUACGCGGUUCUGGAACCAGUCAGCAAGCGCCGGGUUUCUCGAUUAGGGGCGCUGCCCAGACCCCUGAUAUCACUGCGCCGGUGGAGUUGUUCCCCUUGAGAACGGGAGGCAACGCUGGCAAGGAACUGUUCGCCGAGAAGAUCAAAGGUAGAGGCGGACCGAGGAGGAAAGCUGAGGAUAUGUAUUUCUGA